GAUCUUUAUUUUUAUCUCUCUCCGAGCCGCGGCAGAGCCGGAGGCAGAAGCGCUCCCCGCUCUCCCGGGCAGCAGCUGCGGCAGCUCUGGAUGCCAGAGAACAGUGCAGCUCUGAGAUGAAACCUCCCCGUGGGCAAGGCCUGAGGCUGGCAUCCCUUCUGCUGAGCCUGGCUUCCCUCUGCCUUCCCAGCCCCCUCUGGAAGGACCGGGACUCCCUGAUGCAGGAGGAGAAAUCCCAUCAGACAGGAGGCAACUUGGUGCUGAGCAGGCAGGAGCAGCUGCUCAGCACAAAGCUGGUAAACCUCAAGAAGAAGGAAGUGGAAACAGCCAUAACUACAGGACAGUUUCCUCCAAGCAUGCACUUGUUCAGAGCAAAAAGCCUCAUUGAUCAGAGCCCAGUGUUCAGCAUCUUAAAGCAGAUGCCAAAAGGCGCUGUGCUCCACCUGCACGACUUUGCCAUGCUGAGCGUGGGCUGGCUGGUGUACAAUGCCUCCUACCUGCCCGACUGCUACAUCUGCUUCACCCGCUCGGGCUCCGUGCGGUUCCGCUUCUCGUGGCCGCGCCCGCCCCGCCGGCCGCCCCAGUGCUCCCCGUGGGAGCUGCUGCGCUCCUACCGCGCUCGGCUCAGCCACCCCGCCGACUUCGACAGAGGCUUGCUGAGAAACCUGACCCUGGUGACAGAUGCCCCUGAGCUGGCCUACCCCUCUCAGACUUUGAUUUGGAAAAGGUUUGAAGAGAUCUUUCUCACUGCCUCUGGACUGAUCUGCUAUGCACCUGUGUUCAGGGCCUAUUUCUACCAGGGGCUGCUGGAGCUGUAUGAAGAUAACAUACAGUAUGUUGAGAUAAGAGCCAUCCUGCCUCAGGUGUAUGAGCUGGAUGGCACCCUGCACGACAAAUCAUGGUCUGUGGCAACCUACCGGGAAGUGACCAGGCAGUUCGUGAAGGAGCACCCAGACUUUGUUGGAGCCAAGAUUAUAUUUGCAGCACACAGGAUGCUGAACGUUUCCCAGAUUAAAGAAGCCAUCCUCACUGCCAUGGCACUCAGAGCCAGCUUCCCAGACACCCUGGCAGGCUUCGACCUGGUUGGUGAUGAGGAUGAAGGUCAUUCUUUGUGGGACCUGAAGGAUGCCCUGACCAUCCCAUACUCCAUGGGGGUCAACUUGCCAUACUUCUUCCAUGCUGGGGAGACUGACUGGCAGGGCACCUCUGUAGACAAUAACGUGCUGGAUGCAUUGCUACUGAAUACCAGCAGGAUUGGCCAUGGACUUGCUCUCACUAAACACCCAGUAGCCAAAAGUUUGUCUCUGAAGAUGGAUAUUCCUGUGGAAGUCUGUCCCAUCUCCAACCAGGUCCUGCUGCUGGUAGCUGACCUGAGGAGUCACCCUGCAGCUGACCUCAUGGCUGAGGGGCACCCCAUGGUGAUCAGCCCCGAUGAUCCCCCCAUCUUUGGGGCAAAGGGAGUCUCCUAUGACUUCUACGAGGUGUUCAUGGCCAUUGGAGGGAUGAAUGCUGACCUGAGGACCCUGAAACAACUUGCACUCAACUCCAUCAAAUACAGUGCCAUGCUACCAGAUGAGAAAGCCAAGGCCAGAGAGGUCUGGCAGAAAAAAUGGGACCAAUUUGUGGCUGACCUCUCUGAUAGCUUUCUAAGGGAGCUGUAAGAGGACAAGGCUCAUCUCAGAAGGCAUUUGGCAAGCUAGGGUGAGCCAGAGUGAUUGCUGAGAGGGAGGCUGCUUCUUCCAUGUGACCUGAGCAGAUGAACAGACAUCAAAGUCUCACCUGGCAGAGGGGACUCUGCUAAGCCAGGCUUAAUGGGCUUAAAGCUAAGAAGGAGCUGCACUAUCCUGUGAAACUCAUGGGCUGGAGGUAAAAGGGAGCAGCCAUCCUUUAGAGCAACCACAAGAAAUCUCCCUGCUCAAAAGAGUCAAAACAAUUAAAAAUUGCCACUGACCAAAUCCUGACAUCCUUACUCAGGAAAAGCUUCCUUUCCAAUUAGAGUCAGCAGAAGAUUGCCAACACGAGGAUCUCUGAAUUCUACCUUAUCAUUACAAAAUGCAGACCUUGUCUGGAAACGGCUAAGACAAACAUCCAACCAUUUGGGCCACUGACCUUCAAGGGAGCAAGGACUGAAAAUGACUCUUGUUAUGUUUAACCCUGGGCCUGCUGCCAAAAUAGCACUGCUAGGUCGAAGAACCAGUCAUAGGUCUGAUGCCUGCUAUUUCAGGACCUACCAUGGUUGGAAACAAGCUGGUGGAACUUGCUCCCACAACAUUUAAGCCUGGUUGCCCAGUGAUCAUAAAGCCAGAAGAGAGGUGCCUCUGUUGCCAGCAGUUUUUUUACUACUGAGUCUUUUCCUGACCUCUGGUCAAAAGGAAGACAAAACACAUUUCAGGUUAAGUCAAAAAACAUCCUGGCUUCCCAGACCCAGCUUGAUUAAAAUUAUUCCCCUGCACAAGGUUCUGUUAGCACAGACAUUUAUAGGAAACACCUUUUGGUUUCAGGGAUUUCCACCACCAGCCUUUGCUGCUGAACUCAUUGUGCUUUAUUCAGCCUGUCAGAGAGAUUUUCACCUUGGUAGAGAACUUCUGUGGAUAUCCACAGGGCUUAUUUGGACCUCUGUGGUUUCCAGAUACUUGACAAAAAAAACCCCCAAAAAACACCUACACAAGGAAUAGUCUCUUGACAAGCUGAUUCCCUGUCUUAAAAUCACCAAAAAUAGGAGAACUAGUUGCAGGGAGACUAAAAAACAGAAGAAAAAAGAAAUCUUAAUCAGGUUUCUAAAUAAAUUCAGAAAAAUCCUUCAGCACAUAUCUACCAAGCAUGCAGCCAGGAUCAAAGAGCAUCUUUCCCUGAGUUCAGUACAACCAUGCUGGAUUGCAUCAGUCAAGAAUUGACAAAAGUUCCUUCUGAAAGACACCUCCCUCCUCUGAACACAGACUCACAAAGGCUGUUGUUUCCUAAUCUGACCAGCCUGGGCCAACUGGCUCUCUUUAUGCUUUCUGUUAAUUGUCUCAAGCUGCCUGGCCAUAGUGUUUAUUUCCAGUGACCUUGGCUGGAACACCUUAGCAGGAGGCAAACACUCUUAUUACAGAAGUGGAUUGAGCUGCACAGCCUGUGUUAAACUGCCCACAGCUCACAGGCUGCAGCUUCCUCUCUGCUCAUCCCAGAGAAAACACAAACCAAACACACUGCAAACCCCAUCACAGAGCACAAACAAAACCACAACAAACUGCAGGUGUGUGCAUUGCAGAAGGCAGCAACUCAAAACACUGAAAUGAAAAAGUGAGACCCCAGUCACACUCCCUGCUAACUGGGGGGGUUGAAGUGCCUCUGCUCCAGCUCUCUUUGCCAACAUCUUCCUCUGAAGCAUCCUGAUGCUUUUUUUGCAGACUGACCUCUCCUUGGCUUGAUGCAGAUUUGGUGCUGGGAAGGAGUUUAAUGCUGGAGGAGUAGCCAGAGCAGAGCCACCCUCCCUCCUCCUGCAUGGAUGUUGCUCAGACUAAAGUCCCCAGGGUUAGAAAUGCUAACUUGGAAGUGCCUUACUUGUAAUGCUGCUGAGGAGAACCACUGCAAAGUGCUGCCCAGCAGCCCAGUCCCUCUCAGCAAACUGAUCUUUCAGCUUUGCUACAUGUGGAUGGAUGAAGAUCUUUCUUUGCCAUGAGCUGAUUCUCCCUUAAAUAAGCCUCUUUGCUGCCAAGGUGAAGCUCAUCAUGACAGAGCUGCUGUGGGAGGAGCUGAGCUCCUCAAAGCACAGGCUGACCCAUGUCCUUCCUUUUCUACCACAGCAGAAAGCUUUCAGCUCCUCCUGCACACAGCCUCUUGAGGUCCUGAACCACUUUUUGGUUACCUGCAGCCCUCCUUCCUCAUUACCUACAGCAGUUGCAGGGCUAGAUCUUCCAUUUGCUGGAACCAGUUUAUCUGUGUUGUCCAGUUUGUUCUUGGAAAAGCCUGUUGUGCACGUGGCCAUUUACCUACUUCACAAAUUGCUGUGAUGGGGCCAAGUGCCUGGAGCCACCAGUGUGUGAUGCUGUUCAGGGCUACAGCAGAACCAGGUUUCUGCAGAAAUCACAGGGGUUUUAAAAUGGCACAGGUCUCAAAAAGGUGAACCUUGACUCCACAGGAUUUUGGGACUAGCUUAGUGGCCCCACUUUUGCUGCAGGUAUCCACCUUAGGGCUGGGCAGAGGGCAGAAAUUCUUCCAUCCUGAUCAUACAGCUGGGUUUAAACCACAUGGAGGGUCCUGACUCCAAAGGUGUGGCUUUCCUAGGAUCCCUCCUUGCACAGGGCAUGCCAUGUGUGGUGAUUGGAGCUUCCCAAGAGUCCUCUGGAAUAUUUAGGGCUUAGUGAGUGUGACAGAGGGGGGACCAGCCUGCCUUGCUGCUGGGAAUCUGCUCUUCCUUAGAGCACGCCUUAGUUGGGAGAAAGGUGCAAACUGAGAAGCUGCAUCCCCACCUCUCUAACUCCAGCUGUGCAAAGAAGGAAGAAUUUAGGCUGGACCACAGCAGUUAUAAAAGAUCAAUCCGUUAUUCAGCUCCAUUCAAGCUGUGGAUAAAUUUGGCUGCAGGGCUUCACUGAGACUUGGCUUUUAGCAGCAAUAUUCCAAGGGUUUUGCUGCCAGUCUAUUUCCUUUUCCCCAGUACCUUGGCUCCCUGCUCACAUUUGUUGGCAAAUCCAUCACAUAUAAUGCUCUCUUGCUUGUCUCUUUCAGAACACAGUGUAUAAUUAAAUUUUUAAACCUGUCUUAA